CUCCAAGAUGGCGGAAGGUGGGAAGAAAGAACGGGAACAACUUCAAGAAGCGGUUAGGGUCCAAGGAGAACGUAUAAGACAACUUAAACUAACAGAACAGACAGAUGAAGUGAAGGCCAAGACAUUAUGAUGCUAGUUAGGAAAUUACACAGACUUCAAACUCAUAUAUUUCUAUCAUGUCGUCAAGCCACUGUCCUUGCUCAUUCAUACUGUAUUGAUAGCAAGAUCAAAGAAGAAGUAGGGAAGCUUCUUGAACUUAAAAAACAGCUUGGUGAUGAAGGAAAGAGCCAAAAGUUUGUCUUGAAAACACCAAAGGGCACAAGGGACUAUUUCCCAACGCAAAUGGCUAUCAGGCAAAAAGCCUUCAAUACAAUCAUUGGAGCUUUUGAAAGACAUGGAGCUGUACAAAUAGACACUCCUGUAUUUGAGCUUAAAGAAACAUUAACAGGAAAGUAUGGUGAGGACUCUAAACUUAUUUAUGAUUUGGCUGAUCAAGGAGGAGAGAUUCUUUCUCUAAGAUAUGAUUUAACUGUACCAUUUGCACGAUAUGUUGCAAUGAACAAAAUAGACAAAAUCAAAAGAUAUCAUAUAGCAAAGGUGUAUCGCCGUGACAAUCCUGCCAUGACAAGAGGCAGAUAUAGAGAAUUUUAUCAAUGUGACAUAGACAUUGCUGGACAGUAUGAUGCCAUGAUUCCAGAUGCUGAAUGCGUGAAAAUAGUGUAUGAAAUUCUUACAGAUCUAGAAUUAGGAGACUUCAAGAUUAAGGUUAAUCACAGGAAAUUUUUAGAUGGGAUGUUUGCAGUUUGUGGUGUCCCUGAAGAUAAAUUCAGGACUAUUUGUUCUGCUGUUGACAAACUUGAUAAGACUCCAUGGGAAGAGGUCAGGAAAGAAAUGGUUGAGGAAAAAGGGUUGAAAUCUGAGGCUGCUGAUCGUAUUGGUGAAUACGUAAAACUCAAUGGUGGUAUGGAAUUAGUGGAAAAACUAUCAGCUGAUGRAGAAUUGAUSAAGAACAAACAUGUCAAAGAAGCACUUGAAGACAUGAAGUUAUUGCUGAAGUAUCUGGAUCUGUUUGAUGCUACUAAUAAGGUUGUAUUUGAUCUCAGUUUGGCAAGAGGUUUAGACUACUAUACAGGCGUUAUAUAUGAAGCUAUCCUUCAAGGACAGCAACCUGAUUUGGGGAAACCAGAAAAAGGAGAGCCAGUUGGUGUUGGAUCUGUUGCUGGUGGUGGUCGUUAUGACAACCUUGUUGGCAUGUUUGAUCCAAAAGGAAGAAAGGUUCCAUGUGUUGGAGUUAGUAUUGGAAUUGAAAGGGUGUUUUCUAUCCUUGAAGCAAAAGCACAGGCAUCAGACAAAAAGACUAGAACCACAAAAGUGCAAGUCCUUGUUGCCUCAGGACAGAAAAACAUGCUUGAACACAAACUCAAGUUGGUCAAUGAAUUAUGGAGUGCAGGAAUCAAGGCAGAGGUUCUGUACAAGAAAAAUGCUAAGAUGUUAAACCAGUUCCAGUACUGUGAAGAAAAUGGGAUACCACUCUGUGUUGUUAUUGGAGAGAAAGAACUUGAGGAUGGAGUGGUCACAUUACGUAACAUGGAGACCAGAGAUGAGGUGAAAGUAAAAAGAGCAGAAUUAUUUGAUGAAAUAAAUAAAAGAUGCACAGAUUUAUAACUUCAAAUAACAAUAAGUAGCGGAAUAUAUUUAUUUUUUUGUUAACAACAAUCUUAAGAAUAACAAAUCACUCACCAAAAUGGUGUACUUUGUUUUUUUUAAACUUUCAAUUGACAAAAUAUACUACUUAAGAACCACAAAUAAUAAUAMUGAUAAUUAUUGUGAAAGAACAUAGUUUUAUUCAAUACAAUAAAUUAUCAAUGCUAAAACUGCCCAAAAACUGUCUUGAUAUUCUAUAUAUUGCAGUAAAAUGUUUAACUUGUACAAAUUAAAACCUAUGUUCACCUCUU